ACAUGGCUGGAACAUCAUCUGUAGCAGGAGAGGUCUUUGUUGAUGCUCUCCCAUACUUUGACCAAGGUUAUGAUGCUGCUGGUGUUAGAGAAGCAGCUGCAGCUCUGGUUGAGGAAGAGACACGGAGAUACAGACCUACAAAAAAUUACCUGAGUUACCUGCCAACGCCUGAUUUCUCGGCUUUCGAAACAGAGAUCAUGCGAAAUGAGUUUGAGAGACUUGCUGCUCGACAACCAAUGGAGCUUCUUAGCAUGAAAAGAUAUGAGCUACCAGCACCCUCAUCUGGGCAGAAAAACGACAUCACCGCUUGGCAGGAUAGUGUGAAUAACUCCAUGGCCCAACUGGAACACCAGGCUGUUCGCAUUGAGAACCUGGAGCUCAUGGCUGAGUAUGGAACAAAUGCAUGGAAGGUUUACAAUGAUAAUUUGGCCUUCAUGAUCGAGUCCGCUCAGAAAGAACUACAGAAGUAUAGAAAGCAGAUUCAAGACCUAAACUGGCAACGGAAGAACGAUCAGUUGGCAGGUGGAGGCAAACUCAGAGAGCUCGAGUCCAAUUGGGUGUCCCUGGUGAGUAAGAAUUACGAGAUUGAGCGUGCCAUUGUGCAGCUGGAGAACGAAGUGGCACAGCUGAAGCAGCAGCAGGGAGAUGAGAAUAAAGAGAAUAUUAGACAGGAUUUCUAGAGGCACGAACAAACACGGAGUCUGGGGAUCUGCAGCACUGGACAUUUAGACAUACUGAAAGAGCUAAAAGGAUGCAUCUGACGAUGGACCUUAGAACACGAGCUAGGUAGUGGAAUGUGUCUCUACUUUCCUCCACUGAAGAGUGAAGACUGAGCAAGGACUGUAGCUUUCAGAGCUGAAACAGACACAAUGUUUCUGUGCCAGCAAACGUCUAUGUUGAUGGACAAAUAUUCAUUUUCAUGAUUUUCUUUUCUACUUUAGCUGUUUCUUUUUUUCUUUCUUUCUUUUUUGUAAGUUUGCAAAUGUGGUAUUUUAACUAAUUUUCUCAAAAUGUGGUGCAUCUCAAUGUCCCAAGCUUGUAGUGUUUUUUAUUUCAAUAAAAUACUCCUUUUUAUUUCGAUAA